AUGAGUAAAAGUGACGGACAGAUUUUUGAUUUUGAAAAAAUAUGCAGACUUUGUCUGGUAGAGAAGCGUUCCAUGUCGGCUAUUUUUUCUAAAAAAAAAAGUGAUAAAAAGGUGCCUUUACCAGUGAGAAUAAUGUCUUGCGCUUCUCUAGAGCUUUACGAAGGUGAUGGAUUACCAUCGUCUAUAUGUAACAAAUGUCUUCUUAGCGUUAAUCAGUCUUAUGCGUUUAGAGAACAAUGCGAACAAGCUGAUACGACAUUAAGACAAUAUGCUGCUCAACGUAUGACAGAACCCUCAUCAGAGGAUAUAACAACGUUUUAUUAG